CAUUUCAGUUGUGUCCGUCGCAUCGACCGGAAGGGCACAUUGUGAAUAAUCCAGAAAGACACUUUGUGAUAAAUUGAAAAUUGUGAAGUUACAAAAAAGAACCGGGAAACUCGAUCCAUAAAAAAAAAUUGUGGCUUUCCCAGGUUUAUAAACCAUAAAAACAGAAGCGAUGAUAGAAAGUUAUUUUGAAGCCGUGUAAAAGAGAUUAAUGAACAAGAAAAAUUGACGAAUAACGAAAAAAAAUAUAUCGGAAAGAUAAAAACAGAUAGAACUUUAAAUAGAAGAGAAAAACAAAUUCACAGAAAUGGCACUUGUGCUGCGUUCAUUUUAUAGCUCAUACCAUUGGCUAUUCCAUGACUAUCAGGAUCCACGAGUUGACAAAUAUCCGCUAACUUCAUCGCCCAUGCUUAUCUUUGGGUUGACGGCACUCUAUGUGUAUUUUGUGACCAAUUGGGGACAACGAUUUAUGUCAAAGCGACCACCAUAUGAUCUCACUAAUGUCAUUAAAGUUUACAAUUUCACUCAAAUCAUCUUCAAUCUUGCCAUCGGCUCAUAUGCGGCAUAUUAUGCGUACUGGCGACAAACAAUAAGUAUAUCAUGUGGGGCGAAUGAUACAACAAACGACUCGUACGAAAUGCAGCAAAUAAUUCUUGCAACGUAUUUAUACUAUAUGUCAAAGAUCAUCGAUUUACUCGAUACGGUGUUUUUCGUUCUUCGAAAAAAGAAUAAUCAAAUAACAUUUCUGCAUGUGUAUCACCACGGUGGAAUGGUCAUAGCAACGUUUAUAUACUUUAAAUUUCUCAGCGGCAGCCAUGGUACCCUGCUUGGCGUUAUUAAUUCAUAUGUCCAUGUCAUUAUGUACUCAUACUAUCUCUUGACGUCCUAUCGACCCGAACUGAAAAAUUCACUAUGGUGGAAAAAGCAUAUAACACAAAUUCAACUGAUACAGUUUGGUGUUUUGGUCAUUCACUUCUUGAACCCGAUAUUUUUCUUUGAAUGUCAAUGGCCAAAAGCCAUUUCAUUGAUUGGCGUCAUACAAAACUUGUUUAUGUUUAUACUAUUUUUGGACUUUUACAUCAAGGCGUACGUGCGAAAAUCGAAGAAGGCACAAUGAAUACACCUGAUGGAGAUAAUUUAUGAUAUCCUCUUUUAACGUGUAUUUUGAUUUUUAUUUCGAUGAAAUUGGUAUGAUGAAGAAAAAGAAAUGAGAAAAACACGUUACAUAUAUAGAAAAUAGCGAUUUAAUUAUUUCAUUAUACAAUGUACCACUAAUGACCUAUGCAAUAAAUGAAUAUCCAUCAAAAUACUUAA